AUGGAUGGUCCGUGCGUAAAUAGCCGAGUUUUCCACAGCAAACUUUCACUCACUUCACCUAACAAGGCUAGUCCUUCCUUUUUCCUUUCCUUUCUCCUUAAUCUGAGCGCUUUCCGUCCUGAUCUGGCAACCUCAGCAAGAAAUUGCGUUCACCUGGAUAUGGGAGACCUUGCCGAUGCGUAUACAGCUCUAACGCCGUAUUCAACCAGAACAGAAGUAGCCAAAGUUUUGCAGUCGAUAAUACUCGGUGCGCCAGGUUUUGCCAUCAGCGAAUCGACUCGAACAAAACUUCUCAAACUUUUGCUGGAUGAUAUAAAAAUCAGAGGUUCUGACUCGAGGAUAUCCGAUGAAGAUGCCAGUCAAGCGAUUCUAGCCGUGAAAAUCCUUGGACGAAACCCACAAGGUUCGGAUUACCUCGCAACAGAGUCAGGAUUAUCGGACCUCCUGCAUAUCGCGUCAAGUUUGAAGGAGAAAGAUCAUCUGGAUGCAGCUUGCGACGCUUUGCGAUGUAUCGCCAACGCAAUGUUGCUCUUUGAAGACAGUCGAUCGACGUUCAUAUCAGAAGAGGUUAAGGGCGGAGAAGUUUGUGUUAAGAUGCUGAAUGAAGCCACGACCUGCGAUGAGAUCUUCAUCCUAUCCAGGAUCCUUUUCUUCGCUACUGUCUCUAGAUCGCCUUUCGUUAUUUGGCUGGUGGAGGAGAGCCACGAUGGACGCACGAUUAGUAAUAUCGUUGAAGACAAGUUGGACCUGGCGUUAUCCAGAUACUUGAAGAACGACAAGGCAAAUCUGGCACGGGAGGCGAUUGCAGAUCUCUUGAAGUUUACGUUUAACUUGUUGUUGUACUAUCCCAAGAUGGUGGAUUGUGUACCCCAAUCAUCGUCACUGCCAUCCCUUUCAGGCAACGAGGCGAGAAUCAUGGGGGACUUCUGGAGUCCGAAACUUGAUGGAUUCCUUCCUCCAAUCUUGGAACUCUACCUCUCAUUACCGGCACCUAACACCGAACCUACACCUCUCCACCCACCAUUAACGAAUGCCAUACAUAGUCUGAUAACCAUCCCUGUAAACAACGCUCUUCGUUCCAAAUGGUUCCACACGUCUGCAGAACAACCAGAUGUCGUUCAACACACGCAAGAUCUGCUCGACAAAUCCCUCGCGUUCUACCUCCCCAAAUCCGAAUCUCCAGAUUCCGAAUCCAUCAGGGACUUUGCCAAAUCCAAACAUCCAUCCGACGACCUCGACGACAUCCUUUCCCCUUUAGUCAUCCUAGCCACACGUCUCUGCAUAGGCGACGUGUCCGCCCGUAACAGGAUUUGUAAUUGGAUCGUUCCUGAGGAUAUGGAUCGUGAUCCUGAGCAGCCUUUGGAUGAACGACCGAAUAUUUUGGGAAGGUGUAUCAGGUUGAUGGGCAGUGUGUAUCAUAAGAGGUUGAACGAGUCCGCGGGAGAGUUGCUCUAUGCUAUGUGCGGACAAGAUGCGGGGGUUUUGUGUUCGAAAGUUGGAUAUGGGCAUGUUGCUGGGUUCUUGUUUGAGAAGGGGGUGAUGAGUGCGCCGGUGACGGCUGAGAGCCCUGGAGGUGGCGAGGCGAGUAGUUCUACUACUAGCACGGCCCCUUCUGCCACAUCGACAUCGGCCAAUGGUGAAAAGGAAGGCGGAGGGACUGGCGAAGGAGCGAAUGCGAAGGCAGCUCUGGAGUCGGAAAUGACGUUUGCAGGACCUUCGGAUACCCGACAGAUCAACCCGAUUACCGGAACAUACGUUCCUGAGAAGACCAGUAACCCUAUGGACGAUAUGAGCGAGGAAGAGAAGGAGAGAGAGAUGGAUAAGUUGUUUGUGUUGUUCGAUAGGAUGGAGAAGACGGGUGCCCUGAGCCCGGAGCAGAAUCCCGUUAGGAAAGCUAUCCAGAAGAGUAUGCAGCAGUGACUAAGAUUCUCGAAGGGUCGAUAGUUAUUCUCUGUCUCGGUCUUUUUCUCUCUGCUUCCUUGCCGCGUACUCCUUUACAAUCUGCGUCUUAGUUUACGUUACACAACCUUGCAAGUCAAGCGUUGUAUGAUAUUUUACACCCAUAAGAAUAUCUUAAUACAAUGAAGUGGUCUCCGUU